AUGCGACACUACCGCUGGGCUCUACUCGCCAUACCCCUCGCUCCCACUCUGAUCCUCUCGGCUCCGCGCGCCCACGCUGUUAUGGCUUCCGCCUCCGGUCGUGGCAGCAGCGGCAUCGGCACGGAGACGGCGCGGGUGCUGGCGCUGCGAGGCGCGUUCGUGGUGCCCGUGGUGCGGAACACGGAGGCGGGGGAGGCCGCCAAAGCCGCCAUCAUCAAGGACAUCGAGGGGCAGAGCGCAGCGGUGCGGGGGUUCCGGCGGCGCAACAAUGCGGGCGUGAUGAUAUGCCCGUUCAUGCUCACUGCGGACGGCCAUGAGAACCAGUUCGGCACCAAUCACGUGGGUGAGUGCAGGGAGGCAACCACGUGGGCUGAUCGCACCACUCCUCCACUGCCUCCCUCUCCCCCUUUCUUCCGUCCCUCCGCCCCCCCUCCCCCUCUCUUCCCUUUCACCCUCUUCCCCCCUUCCCCUGCACACACCCCCCACCCAAUUGCAUCGCACGUCGUACCCCCUUUAGGCCACUUCCUGUUGACCAACCUGCUGCUGCCGAAGCUCAAGGAAACUGCCAAGCAGGAGGGCGCAGAGGCGCGCAUCGUGAUCGUGUCCUCCGCCGCGCACCAGUUCCCGUACCCGGGCGGCAUCCGCUUUGACGCCAUCAACGCCAAGGAGGGGUACGACUCGGUGAGGGCGUACGGGCAGUCCAAGCUCGCUAAUAUCCUGCACGCACGGGAGCUCGCACGGCGGCUCAAGUGCAGGUAUGACUGUAAAUGCUCUGUACCCAUGGGUGAUCGAUCCUUCAACAAUGGAAAAACCCCCUGCUUCCCUCGCCAACACCCUCCAUCACCCUCCCUCCUCCCCUCUCUCCCCUUCCCUUCUCUCCCUUGA